UGGUCACCCAAGGCAGCAAAUGAUGGUUGCUCCAUUUGCAAUUCACAAGACACAGCGGAAUCUUGGUUGCUUACAAAAUUCCAGCAAGUUAAGGAGUUCAUUAAGUCAGUACAUGUAAAUGUCAAAGUGUACAGACCUGAAUGUGGAUUGUGCAAAAACCAGGAUGUAAAAGUUUAUAUUUUAUACAAAGCCUUGCCAAUUGGACAGGAAGGACUAAAAGAAGCUGUCGGGAUUUUAAAGAGUCUGACGUUGGUGGCAACUCUAAAAGCCCAAAAGGACUUAACAGACAAAAUUCAUCAGUUUCAUUUUGAACCUAUGGCAUCACAAUUCUCCAUAGCGUUUCUCUCUGCAGGUAGUUGUACCCUGAUUAAAGAUAUCACAUUAUCCUAUUUCGUUUGUGACAAAAACACUGGCGCUGGGGUUAAUCUGCCCCGAACAGCUGCUCCAGAUAAUGGAUCACAAAGAGUGAACUUAAGCUGUUCUGAGAACACACUAAAUCCAGGUAAUGAAGAAGUAUAUGGGUUGUGCUCCAGUAAACGAAUAUGGAAGAUAAUAUCACCAUGCAUCUGUAAGAAAGGAUACACCUUAAAUACUAUUGAAGAAGUAUGCAUAGGUAUGUUGUGACUGCAUAAAAUUUCGUAGAAUGUGAAUCGUUGCAUUAUUGAACUUAAUAAAUAAUAUUAGAUUAUUCGUAUUUUUUGCAUAAGUGAAUCUAACAAAUUAAUCCUAAUAUAUAUAUAUAUAUAUAUAUAUAUAUAUAUAUAUAUAUAUAUAUAUAUAUAUAUAUAUAUAUAUAUAUAUAUAUAUAUAUAUAUAUAUACGAGUAGGUUUGUGUAUACGAAACGCAAAGAGUGCUAGCUCAAUCAGUACCAUAAAGAUAGAGCAAAUAUAGAAUUGUCCCUGUCGGAUAUGCCUUUACAAAGAAAACACUAAAAGAUUAUGAUAAUAAUAUUAUUGGCUUAUAUAUUCAGCGAUCUGGCAACCCUGUUACAAACAAUGAACUUAAGGUAAUUCCGCAGUUUUGCAUUGCGCACUUUUACUGCGCACAUCUUAUAAUUUAAUUUCAUCCGUUAUACGUACGGUUUAAAACAAAAUAUCAUUUUAUGACAAUUUUAUGUUACUUCAAAACAUCUUUGGUUACAUUCGUGCAAGAAUUACGUUAAAAUCAAUGUUUUCAAAAAAGGCAUACAAAAGUGUAGCUAGGGUUCCCUGUGUCUGUGGUAUAUUUAUUUACUUGUAUUUCACGUUUUAAUGCCACAAUUCCCUAAAAAGAUCGGUGACUCCCGUUUUUUAACUGAUAAUUUAUUUCUUUAAUGCAUUUUACAUAUCCGAAAUUAAAAGAAAAAUCAUUUCUGGAUCUUGAAAAAAAAUGCUUUAUCAAUGCAUGUUCUCAAAGAAAGAUAUGUAAAGAAAUGUGCAAAAGACAAUUGUGGAUCAGAAUUGUACACGUUAGUAGUUUCAUUUUGCUCAAAACACAAUAUUUUUUCCAAAAUAAUUACAAGAUAGGUUUACUAAAGCAAAAUCCGCUCUAAAAACGUCAAUAAAUAUCGGGCUGUUGUGAGUUUACUGUUACUCGUAAUGAGCGUCAAGAUGGCGCCAUAUUGGGGUAAAGGUGGUAUCGAGAUGGUAUAUUGUGAUUGUCAUAUCUUCUUAACGAGUUCGGUGACCCCGACUUUUUUUGUGAUUUUACUUUAAGUAUAUCAUAAACUCCAUGCCUGGGAAGUUUCAGCACAUUCUCAUUUCGGGAACAAUUACUGCGGAAUUACCUUAAUAGAUUUAAUUAUAAUAUAUAGGAUUAUAUUUUUUACGGUAAUGUGCAUGGGGAACAUAAUACUCAAUAAUAUAUAAUAUCAUAGUCUGAGUAUGAAAUUUUUAUAUAUUUUUAAGAAUGUCCAAGCAACACAUAUAAAGAUACGUUUGGAAAUGGAAAAUGCACUAUUUGUCCAAGGAAUUCCGGCAGAAAUCUUAAAGGACAAAUUCAGUGCCUGUGUCAAGAUGGCUUCUAUCGCUUUCAAGGGGACAAUUAUACACAUUCGUGUUAUGGUGGGUGCAAUAUAUUGUGGGCGACUUUUUUCUACAAUCCUACUUUGUACUUCAGUUAAAAUAACGAUCUUCAUGCAAGAUGGCAGAAAUACCAGUAAUAUAGUAAUAACGAAGAGUCUCUCUAUUAGUCAAUAUCUAGUACGUACACUGUACUAAUAAAAAAUCUAGGUUUUCUGGCUUUGAAACAAAACAGAUGCCGUUGGCAUUGCCAUGAAUCGUUCCUGUUAGCCUAAGAGAACCACUAUUGGCUUACGAAUAUACUAUAAUAUGAAAACUAAACGCGUUGACAUUUUCUUUUUUCAUAGAAGUUCCAUCGCCUGUCAGGGACGUCAAAUUUAUAGACAAAACUGAAACCUCGAUUACGUUGCUAUGGAAACCGCCACUGCCGACCAAGCAGGGUUUGCUAUAUGACAUAAAAUGCAAUAAAUGUCCACCUGGCAGUGAUAGUGGGUCGUGCGUAGAACCGUGUGGACACCAAGUAACAUUUAAACCUUCCCAAAAUAACCUUACGUAUACGAGUGUAAACAUACAAGGUCUCGAUCAAGAUAUGGAAUACCAGUUCGUAAUUUAUUCCAAGAAUAUGAACAGUGCACGCAUCAAUAGGACAAACUGGAAAAGCGCUGUGAAGAAAAUUAAGACCGAAGCCGAAGGUAUGCAUGCUAGCUGUAUUAGACACAUGAUGUUUUGGUGUUUAAUAGAUACGGCCACAGGGAAAGUUUCCUACUGUAUCUCCAAUAAACAGCGAAUAAAAAUUAGUUGGAUCCUUUCAGUGGCGUAACGUUAUAUCAAGGGGCCCCCGGUUCAAAAUUUUCGAAGCCCCCCCCCAGUAGAAGUGCCAAAGGCACGAGUCGGGCGCCGUAUAUGCACGAGUUUUCUAGAGGGUCCAGGGCAUGGUCAUCCAGAAAAUUUUUUAAUCUAGACUCUGUGAAAUGCCAUUUCCUGGACUUUGGGGAGAGACUUUACAGAAUUCUGAUGGUCAUAAAACGACAUUGUAACAUAUCAGAGGCCCCGGUCAAUGUUUUUGCCCUAUCGCCUAAGCCUGGGGGCCCCCAUUGGGGUUGGGGGCCCCCGGGUUCACCCGGUCUGAGCCCAUAGUAGUUACGCCACUGGAUCCUUUGCAAAGAGAUAUUACUUGCCUGUCGUCCAUUGUAUGUAUAUAUCUGAAACUCAUUAGCCAACACUAUUACUUUAUUUUGCUCACAUGCCAAUACUGGAUGGAUACCCGCGAUGCAGCCUAUUAAUUCAUGCAGUCCUCAUAGAUAUCUUAUAUACACUAGAUAGCGCAUCUUUUAGUAAAAUUGAAGCCAAGAAUAUUUCAGCGGUUACUCCCAUUUGAAUAGAUGGCGGCCAUGUUGGAGUUUCCCACUCGCUAAUAAACGCUUAAAAAACAACAAUAACUUUCAUCAUUUGAAUAGUUUGAAAAUGUAUUUGGAUUAAGUUUAACUUAAUGUUUAAGGUCGCUGUUUAAGAAAUAGAAAAUAUACGAGUCUUCUCAUUGCAUGGGAAUAUCCUGAGUCUGCAAUCACGGCUUCAAUUUUUGAAUUGCAGAAUAAUUAGAUGCACUAUCAUAUAGUGUAUAUAAGAUAUCUAUGGCAGUCCUAGGACGGGAUCAAAAUUAAUUCACCUCACUUUAUAUAAGUAUGCGACUUAUUAAUUGUGUGAGAUUUCUUCAAAUCGGACAAUUCGGGCUUUAUCAUGCAGAUAUCUAGUCUUUGCCGAAUAUAGUUCAGCCAGUAGUUCAGUUCCUGGGUUCGCCUCGGAUAAAACAAAUUGCACGCGCGCGAUAUCUGGUAAAUUUCUAUCAAAUCCAUACUACAGGAUGUAUAUUUGUUACACUCACCCUGGUCUAAAUAAGAUUUCAGAAUAGUAUACACCAAUUAAAGCAUUACUAACUGCAAGUUGUAAACUUUUCCAUUUAUUUCAUACCGCUAUUAUUUUUGAAUUGUUAUAUUUGGAUGUGUUUAUCGCAGGAAUAUCCAAAUCCGAUGGUCUUCCUACAGCAGUUGUAAUUGUUGUUCCAGUGGUUGUUAUUAUUAUGAUAAUCAUUAUUGUUAUUCUUGUAAUUCGUUGGUUUAAGCGGUACGUCGUAUAAGUUCUGUAUUGAUGCAGAUUCCUUCCUUUACCUGCAUGCAUGCAUAUUAAUAUUAAUACAUUUGAAUCUUAGUUAUCUUUUUUUCUCAUCUAGUCGCAAAACAAGCCAAUUCAGAGCCAGUCAACGCCUACGUGGCGGAGGUUAGUUUUAUUUUAUGUCAGUGAGCUCCAUAUACAUGUAUAUCUUUGGAAUAGCUUUAUUGUAAUGAAAAUAAGGAGUCUGCAAUUAAGGCCAAUAUUACAGCUAUAGUGUUAUUUAUUACAACAUUUAGAUGAAUUAG